GCUUUUUCUUCAUUAUUCAUCAAAAUUCACAACUUUACUCUUUUAAAACCUACAUAUUUCCGUAAUUAGUAACUUGAAAAAAAAUAAAUAUAUAUAUCAUUAAUUUCUUGUAUAUUUUGUUUGAUUUACAUAAGUAAUUAAUAUCUAAAAAAUGAAGCAAGAACAAGCUGCAGUUGGAAUUCCAGUAGCCCAGAAAAAUGCUCCUGUUGGAGAGUUUUCUACUGGUCUUUGUGACUGUUUCUCUGAUGUUUCUUUGUGUUGUUUGACAUGUUGGUGCCCCUGUAUUACCUUCGGACGUAUUGCAGAGAUUGUUGACAAAGGCUCAUCAUCAUGUGGAGUAAGUGGGGCGUUAUACUCAUUAGUGAUGAUCCUAACGGGUUGUCAAUGGAUAUGUUCAUGCACAUAUCGUUCAAAGAUGAAGGCUGAAUAUGGAAUGCAAGAAAGUUGUUGUGGAGAUUGUUGCACCCAUUUUUGCUGCGAGUCUUGUGCCUUAUGUCAAGAAUACCGUGAGCUUCAACACCGUGGAUAUGAUCCUGCCCUUGGAUGGCAUGGUAACAUGGAGAGGAAAAACCAAGGCUUGGCUCCACCAUUAAAGCAAGAUGGCAUGACUCGAUAAGUUGAUUGGUUGAUGAGCAUGCAUACUCAAGAAAUCCAUUUACAAAAAAUACUUCUCUAUAUUACAAAAUGUUGUAUUUGACUUCUUGAUAUCGAAGCUUUUUAAGUUAAAUGUAUUAAUCCAUGUAAGUUGUGUUUAUUUGUUUUAAUUUUUUUUUUUUUGGAUUUUUUUGUGAGAAUUUGUGUGGUUAUAGUUCUAUUUCAAUGAUCAUCAUUUGCUAAAUUUGAUGGUUAAUUUCGGUCAAUUACGUGUAUUUUUUAUUUUUGUGAACUGUAAAUUAUAUUUAUUAUUAAGAAAUAAAAAAAAAACUUUUUAUUGUC